AUGACCGUGUCUAUACACGAAUACGGAAUGAGCGCCGAGUACGUCCUUCUCCAGUUCUCCGUCUUCCAAUACCUGUUGGCAUGGGGGGCAACCCACGGUCCCUUUGGGGCGGCUGAGAUGGAAGCUGCUGAGAUGGCUGCUGCUGAGAUGAUGGCUGCUGGGUUGAUUGUUGCUGAGUUGAAUGAUGAUGUACUCUUCUGUGCCUUGACGGUGUACGUUGAGAUGGUGGAUGCUGCAGUGGAGACUGCUGAGCGUGUGGCUGCUCAGACCGUCCCUGCAAAGAUGAUGGUGGUUGUGUCACUGGCUGCUGUGAUGGUCGUUGCCGAGAUGUUGCCUGCUGAGAAGGUUCCUGCUGUGAUGGUGCCUGCUGCCCUCCUCUGCGACCACUCCUCCUUUGCCGCCGCACUUCCAUCCUUUCCAUUCUCGCUCUUCUUGCAGCACCCGUGCGGCUUGUUAACCCAUCCCCCGUCUGUGGUUCCCGUGCACGCUGGUUGGCCCCGCGUCCGCCCCGGCUCUGCUGCGCACUGGCCUCCUCGACCCCAAAGAGAUAGUUAG